GUCCGUGUCCCCCAUGAAGCCCCGGGUCUAGAGAGCUGGGUCUAGAACUCGCCAUUCCGCCCUGAGGGUGUCAAGUGCAGCGUGGAGAGACCCGAGGGGGAAACAAAAAGGCCGAGACAGCCGAAAGGACCAAGCCCGCGCGACCCCCGAAGGCGCUGACGCACGUAGGGCGGCCGGGCGGGGGUCCCACAGGCCCUCAGCGCCGCUUUUUGCCGGGGAGGGAAGUCCGCGGUUCUGCGGACCGCGCCGUCGCGGUCGAGGGUCUGCGCCAGGCUCAGGGUAGGGCGAGGGUGUGUCGCCUCCCGUGCGGCUAGGCCCGGGGCUCGGGGGUGGCCUCGCGGCGAAGCCCCGCCCCCGGCACCGCCCCUCAGGCGCGCGAGCCGAUCCCGCGCGGCGCCAACCCUUUCCCGGGUCAUCGCCCCUCCCCUCUUCCGGGCCGCGAGCCCCCUGCGCGCCGCUUUGGGGCUGCGCUCACUCGUGUGCGCGCUCGUCCGCCCGCCAGUCCUCUCAACGCGCGCUUGGCCGCCCGACGACGCGGGAGCCGCACGCGCCGGACGAGGCUCGCUGCGCUCCCUGUUGCCCAGCGCGGGCCCGUUGAGGCGGAGCCCUCAGUUCCCGGCCAGGACACGGUCUGGGCCGCCGAAUCUCCGGCCGGAGAGCGGCGGCGGCAGCGGCGGGAAAAAAAUGAAGAAUGAAAUUGCUGCCGUUGUCUUCUUUUUCACAAGGCUAGUUCGAAAACAUGAUAAGUUGAAAAAAGAGGCAGUUGAGAGGUUUGCUGAGAAAUUGACCCUAAUACUUCAAGAAAAAUAUAAAAAUCACUGGUAUCCAGAAAAACCAUCGAAAGGACAGGCCUACAGAUGUAUUCGUGUCAAUAAAUUUCAGAGAGUUGAUCCUGAUGUCCUGAAAGCCUGUGAAAACAGCUGCAUCUUGUAUAGUGACCUGGGCUUGCCAAAGGAGCUCACUCUCUGGGUGGACCCAUGUGAGGUGUGCUGUCGGUAUGGAGAGAAAAACAAUGCAUUCAUUGUUGCCAGCUUUGAAAAUAAAGAUGAGAACAAGGAUGAGAUCUCCAGGAAAGUUACCAGGGCCCUUGAUAAGGUUACCUCUGAUUAUCAUUCAGGAUCCUCUUCUUCAGAUGAAGAAACAAGUAAGGAAAUGGAAGUGAAACCCAAUUCGGUGACUGCAGCCGCAAGUCCUGUGUACCAGAUUUCAGAACUUAUAUUUCCACCUCUUCCAAUGUGGCACCCUUUGCCCAGAAAAAAGCCAGGAAUGUAUCGAGGGAAUGGCCAUCAGAAUCACUAUCCUCCUCCUGUUCCCUUUGGUUAUCCAAAUCAGGGAAGGAAAAAUAAACCAUAUCGCCCAAUUCCAGUGACAUGGGUACCUCCUCCUGGAAUGCAUUGUGACCGGAAUCACUGGAUUAAUCCUCACAUGUUAGCACCUCACUAACUUCGUUUUUGAUUGUGUUGGUGUCAUGUUGAGAAAAAGGUAGAAUAAACCUUACUACACAUUAAAAGUUAAAAGUUCUUACUAAUAGUAGUGAAGUUAGAUGGGCCAAACCAUCAAACUUAUUUUUAUAGAAGUUAUUGAGAAUAAUCUUUCUUAAAAAAUAUAUGCACUUUAGAUAUAUUGAUAUAGUUUGAGAAAUUUUAUUAAAGUUAGUCAAGUGCCUAAGUUUUUAAUAUUGGACUUGAGUAUUUAUAUAUUGUGCAUCAACUCUGUUGGAUACGAGAACACUGUAGAAGUGGACGAUUUGUUCUAGCACCUUUGAGCAUUUACUUUAUGGAGCGUAUGUAAGUUAUUUAUAUACAAGGAAAUCUAUUUUAUGUCGUUGUUUAAGAGAAUUGUGUGAAAUCAUGUAGUUGCAAAUAAAAAAUAGUUUGAGGCAUGACAA